CCUACUUUGGGCCGCGACUGCAGCCUGUCGGGGCGUCCGGACAAGUCGAUCGGAAAGCGGCGCCUCAGGAUCCUAUGGAUAAGAAACUCGGCGGAGAUGGAAAUCUCCCCUCUUCCAUCCUUUCAGGCCAACAAGACUCGCCCUUUUUCAUCGCGAUGUCGGCCUUCAAUCCUUUCCGUGCGAGGGCUGCAGACGCGGCUACCCCAGACAGCCGAAGACUGCGUCGCCUGGGGCCGCAAAAAAAAGUAUCGACGUCCUCAGAUGAACAAGAAGUAGAUCCUUUUGAUCCAGACUCCGCUAUCAGUGAUGACGAUGAGAAUGAAGAUUACCAGCUCUCGAGAGCUCCUGAUAAUCGACCCGGAAAUUCCUCGGGUUCUGCUCCACACCUAGCUCUAUCCACGGAUAGAGCAUCUAUCACAUCCCCGUCAACCAAUUCUUUACCGAGAGAACACAAUGCACCAAUAAGCCCAAUUUUCAACGCCCAUGAUUAUCAGACUGUUCCUCAAUCUGUCAAUCGAUCAGACGAGCAGACAUCUUCAGAAAUUAACUCCAACACUGAUCCAACUGGUCGAAGUCUUAAAGAAAGGAAACCACCGCCACCGCCUAAAAACCAUCGUGGCAAGCGAAUCAGUAAUGUAUCGAAUGCCGGGGCGCUUCCGGAGCAGCCGCCACCUCGACCAUCCGACCGGCUCUCCAACAACCCCUUAGCUGCAGAAAAUGCAGCUUCCCGUCCAUCCGGCGCGCCCAAUGCGAGCCUGGUGACACAAUCAACAGGAGAAGGUUUCCAAGGCACUCCAGAGAACCAGCUAGCUACCGAUUCGUCAGAAUCUCUUUCACGCUCUCGGUCUCAGAGUAAGCGGCCGCCGACGCCACCUCAGAGUCGACGACAAAGCCAGAUGCGAAGAUCCAAGUCCACUCAAUCAAAAUCGAGUACCAGUCGCCUCACCAUUUCCUCUGUCGACUCUGAGAGCAACUAUGGUUCCCAGCCCCCCCAGCCCUGGUCCAUCGACUCGAUCUUUGGGCUCUUCGUCACAAGACCGAAAGCGUAUCAGUAUGCCUCCACCCUCUUUAGCGGGUUCUUCAUCCACAAUUCCGCCGCCGCCUCCUCCCCUCGACGGAAUCGGGAUUCCAUGCUCCGCAGCAGCGACAGUAUACAUCUUAGCCCAUCAACUUAUACAGAAUCCACACGACCGCCUCAACCCUCAAAUGCUCAUGAUAUACUGGCCGACUUGACUCGAUUACAGAAGGAAGUAGACGAUCUGCGUGGACAUUAUGAAGGCCGCAAAGUCAGUCAAUGA